AUGCAACCAGUGGUGGUAUUUCGUCUCUCAAAGUUUAGGAAGCGGAUACUUUUCGCGUUCGCGUUUGUCGCCUUUAUUUUCGGGACGAGCUUUGGCGGCGGCGGCGUUUCCGCCGCCGAUGUUGAUGACGACGGCGGCGCGAAAGCGUCGUCGCAGUGCGUCGCGAACGUGCCGAAGUGGAGGCAAACGAAUCUGUGCCAAAAGAAUUUGGUCAUCUUUGCGCACGAUACCGAAUUUUACGGCAGUUUGACCGUGAAGAAGAAAUUUUUCAUGACGCUGUUGAACGGCGAAGAAAUUGAAGUGGGGAGAAAGAUUGCAGAGCAGGAUGAAGAAAUGGACGAGCUCGUUGAUGAAGUCAAGCGCCUGACGCAGGAACUUACUGCAGUGAAAAUGACGUGUUUGGCAGUGAAGGAGAAACAAUCCGAAGUAUAUCAACCGCCGAGUCCGCCGCCGAAUCCGCCGCCGCCGAGUCCACCGCCGUCGCCGAAUCCGCCCCCGAAUCCGCCAAUAUUUUUGACGAAUAUGCUCGAGGAUACGGGUGCGACGAUUUACGCGAGCGACGCAGUCGCCGGCGAUAAUUUCGGGAAAAGUGUAUCGCUUUACGGCGAUACGGCGUUAAUUGGAGCUUGGAAAGAUGACGACCAAGGUGGUGGAAGUGGUUCGGUGUAUGUGUUUACCCGAUCGGGUGGAUCGUGGAACGAAGAAACGAAAAUAUAUCCAUUGGAUCCGUCUGCAUCGACGUAUUUCGGAACUUCCGUUUCGCUAUAUGUCGACACAGCUCUGAUUGGAAGGUCGUACGAUAAUGCUAAGGGUACUCGAGCCGGCGCGGUGUACGUCUUUACAAAAGUCAGUUCGACAUCAUGGACUCAAGAGACGAAAUUUUACGCGUCCGACGCAGCUACCUACGACCAUUUCGGUGCGUCAGUCUCACUUCAUAAAGACACAGCGUUGAUUGGAGCGAUAUCGGACGAUGAUAAAGGCACCAACGCGGGAUCCGUUUACGUCUUUUCUCGAACGACGACGACGUGGACGCAACAGACAAAACUGUACGCGUCCAACCCAUCCACGUCUUCUUGGGGUAACUUUGGCAAUAGCGUUUCUUUGCACGGAGAUACCGCAAUGGUGGGGAGUUAUGAGGAUGAUCCAGAGUUGAAUGCAGGUGCAGUAUACGUGUUCGCGCGAUCACUCGCAUCGGACGGAGUUACCGUUUCUUGGACUGAAGAGACGAAGCUUUACGCUUCAGACGGGGCGACUGGUAACCAAUUCGGCAAGGCGAUAUCGUUACACGGCGAUACCGCUCUCAUUACUGUUAAUACCGGUGCGGUGUACAUUUUUACGCGAUCAUAUGGAUCGGAUGGAAUCAACACUGUUUCUUGGAAUGAAGAGACGAAGAUUGACGCGUCGGCUAAUGACGAUACCGGUACUUCGGUAUCGUUAUACGGCGAUACCGCUCUUAUUGGAGCUACUUCGAAUGACGAUAAAGCGACCAAUGCGGGCAAAGUGUACGUAUUCCGCUCACCGUUUCCUCCUCCGAGUCCGCCUCCGAGUCCGUCGCCGCCACCCGCUGCUGUUAUCGACAUCAACGGCAAAGAGUUGUUGCAAGACUCAACCGGGUGGAUUUUGUUACUCGCGUAUAAGCACGUCGGCGGCGAGAAUGAAGCGCUCGUAUCGGGAACGCCACCGAUGUCGCCGAACGAAGGGUAUUCGCACGCGUGGUUGAACGAUUUGUCGUUAACGGCAAACGACGUUGAUUCUGUUCGUUUUUUUUGCACGAGCUCGAAUCACAAUCGCGUCGUGCAUUUCUCGCUCACGAGCGAGUGGAUCAAGUCCGCAAUCGUGAGCGGUUCGACGUCUGGUAAUAUGGUAUCACACUGGACAGAAAAUGCGACGAGAAAACACGAUGGACACACGGGUUUUUUGCCAGACGAAAUCGAUUCUGUCAAUGAUGCGAAAGAUUUCACGGAAACGCCGUUUUAUAAAUCGGACGCGUAUUACUGGAGCAUCGGCGCCGGCGCGAGCGCGUCGCGGUGGGAAUGCGACGACGCUUCCUAUACAACCACGACCGCGUACUCGGCGACCACUUUACAUCAAAUUUGGUUCAGAAUGCGUCACGCCAUCCCGGAUGACGCGAGCUUUUUUACUUUUGUGAGCGAGUGUUUAGCGGAAUCGCCGAUAGAUGGAGAGUGCGCGACGUGGGCGUCGACGAAAAAUUUCGGCACCAUGCGUUAUUGGAACACGAGUUUAGUUACGGAUAUGAGCGGCUACGACGGGACAGUCUACCGAGGAUUUGCAACUCAAACAUCGUUCAACGCGGACGUAUCGAGAUGGGACACUUCGGGAGUAACAAGCAUGGAGAACAUGUUUUACCAAGCUUCUUCUUUCGACCAAGACGUAUCUAAAUGGGACGUCUCAAAAGUUGCGAAUAUGCGUGGGAUGUUCAAUCAAGCUUCCGCGUUUAAUCAAAACCUCUGGAAUUGGGAUACUUCGCAAGUGACAAGUAUGUUUGGAAUGUUUGCACAAGCCGUCGCGUUUGAAAAGAAUAUAAAAAAGUGGGAAGCAUCAAAAGUGACGGAUACGGAACACAUGUUCAGCGACGCGACGGCGUUCUUGAAAAGAUUCGCGUGCGCGAGCGCAACUAAUGGACCUCCGAGUUCUUGCGUGCUCAUACCAGACCCGAUACCGAAUGCGAUGUGGCACAUUUUCAUCGCAGAAUGUUUAGCGGAGGAUGCCGCGGAAGUAACUGGCGAGUGCACGACGUGGUCAUUGGGAAAUAACUACGGGACGAUGCCAAACUGGGAUACGAGUUUAGUGACGGAUAUGAGCGGCUCGGAUGAUUAUUUCGGGUUCGGAAAGAAGUCUUCGUUUUCACAAUUCAACGGCGAUAUUUCUAAAUGGAACACUUCGCAAGUGACGAGCAUGCGCGCUAUGUUUUAUAAAGGGUUCGACUUUAAUCAAGACAUUGGAAGGUGGGACGUGUCGCAGGUCACGGACAUGUAUCAAAUGUUUCAUUCUGCCUCUGCGUUUAAUAAAAACAUCGCAAACUGGGACGUUUCAGGAGUAACGAACAUGGCGAACAUGUUUUACUCUGCUUCUGCGUUUAAUCGAGACAUUUCUUCGUGGACGGGGACGGCGGCGACGACGACGCAAGAUGAUGUAUUCAACUCGGCGACUGCGUUUCAAGCCAGGUUUUCGUGCACGUCGGCGACUGACGGUCCCGUAAACUCGUGCGUCGGGGGCGACCCAAUUCCGGACGCCAGUUGGCACGCGUUUGUCGUUCAGUGUCUAAGUGAGCACACUCACGGAGAUUGUAAAACGUGGGCUUCGAAGAACAAUUAUCGAACGAUGCCCAACUGGAACACGAGUUUGGUGACGGAUAUGAGCGGAUGGGGGACAACGUAUCAAGGCUUCGGGACGAGACACGACACCGGAAACAUACGAUAUUUCAACGGCGAUAUUUCCGAUUGGGACACGUCGCAAGUAACAAAAAUGCACCACAUGUUCCGAGGUGGUAUAAAGUUCAAUAGAAAUAUUGGAAAUUGGGACACGUCGCAAGUGACUGAUAUGAGACUCAUGUUUUAUUACUCGUAUGCUUUCAACCAAAAUAUUGGAAAUUGGGACACGUCCAAAGUAACCAGCUUGGAUGGAAUGUUUUACGGUGCGAACAGCUUCGAUCAACCGAUCGGGACCUGGGAUACGUCGCAGGUGACGAACAUGUACCGAAUGUUUCGUAGCGCGUAUAAGUUUAAUCAGCCGAUUGGAAACUGGGACACGUCGUCGGUGACGUCUAUGCAAGAAAUGUUUUACGAAGAUUACGCGUUUAAUCAAAACAUCAGUGGUUGGGACACGUCGCAAGUCACCAGUUUUUCCAACAUUUUUGCGUACGCGAAAGCGUUUCAGGCGAAAUACACGUGCACAAAUUCUGCGAAGCUUUCUGUCGAUCCAUCGACGUGCACGACCGUCGACCCCGAUUGGACCGAGCAGUGGUACGAGACUGUGACUCCUAUCCCUGCCGACGGGUGGCAUUAUGCAGUCGCUCAGUGUUUAGCUGAACAUGGUCACGGCGCGUGCACGAGUUGGGGAUCAAAAACCAAUCACGGCGUCAUAUCCGACUGGAACACGAGUUUGGUGACGGAUAUGAGCGGAUGGGGGACAACGCAUCAAGGCUUCGGGACGAGACACGACACCGGAAACAUACGAAAUUUCAACGGUGAUAUAUCCGAUUGGGACACUUCGCAAGUAACAAACAUGUACCUUAUGUUUCGAGGUGGUAUAAAGUUUAAUGGAGACAUUGGAAAUUGGGACACGUCGCAAGUGACUGAUAUGAGAUUCAUGUUUCAUCACUCGUAUCGUUUCAACCAAAAUAUUGGAAAUUGGGACACGUCCAAAGUAACCAGCUUGGAUGGAAUGUUUUACGGUGCGAACAGCUUCGAUCAACCGAUCGGGACCUGGGAUACAUCCAAAGUUACGAACAUGUACCGAAUGUUUCGUAGCGCGUAUAAGUUUAAUCAUCCGAUUGGAAACUGGAACACGUCGUCGGUGACGUCUAUGCAAGAAAUGUUUUACGAAGAUUACGCGUUUAAUCAGCCGAUUGGAAACUGGGACACGUCGCAAGUAACCUCUAUGGCUAAUAUGUUUUACAAAGCGAAUACAUUCAACUACGAUAUUUCCAUCUGGACUGGUUUGGCGGCGACGACCGCGCAGAGUGGCAUCUUUAACUACGCGACUGCGUUUCAAGCGAAAUUCGCGUGCACCAACGCCGUCACCGGUCCGGCAAAUUCGUGCACUUGUACCAAUUGCAUCCCGGACGCGAGUUGGCACGUUUUUGUCUCGGAAUGCUUAGAACUUGAACCGAAAUACGGCGAAUGCAUGAGUUGGGAUAAAGUAGGGACGUACGGGACGAUGCCGAAUUGGGAUACCGGAUUGGUGACGGAUAUGGGUAAAAAAUACUCCUCGGAAAGAGGUUACAUGGGGUUCUACAAUCAAACGGAUUUCCGAGGCGAUCUUUCGAAAUGGGACACGUCGCGCGUGAAAUCCAUGGAAUCUAUGUUUUACGACGCCGCAUCGUUUAUUGGCGACGGCAUCUCAAAUUGGGACGUUUCUCACGUGACGAAUAUGGAUAGCAUGUUUUAUAAGUCUUUGGCGUUUAACCAACCUAUCGGGAGUUGGAACACGUCCAAAGUCACGGACAUGUACGCAAUGUUUGAAUCUGUCGCUUCGUUUAACCAGGACAUUACAAACUGGGACGUCUCUCAAGUGACGAGCAUGGAACGGAUGUUUUACGAGUGUUCUUCAUUCGACCAAGACGUUUCUGCGUGGACCGGUGUCGCGUCCACGACGGCGCAAACCGACAUGUUUUACGCGGCGACUUCGUUUCGAACGAAAUUCGCGUGUGCGAACGCGAACGACGGCCCGGCGAAUACGUGCACGUUGCCGGAACCGAUUCUCGAUGCAAACUGGCACGCGUACGUCGCAGAGUGUUUAGCGAUUGCGCCGGUGGAUGGUAUGUGCACUUCGUGGGACAAAUACGGCGCGCACGGCGCGAUGCCGAAUUGGGACGUGAGUUUGGUGACGGAUAUGAGUGGAUGGACUGGAAGUGCAUAUAAAGGCUUUGGCGGUAAAAGUACAUUCAACGCUGAUAUUUCGAAGUGGGACACAGGGAAAGUGACUUCUAUGUCUUCUAUGUUUUAUCAAGCUUCUGCGUUCAACCAAGACAUUGGGAGUUGGAACACAGAAAAAGUGACUACUAUGCAAUGGAUGUUUUAUUCCGCUUCUGCGUUCAACCAAGACAUCGGGAGUUGGAACAUAUCGCAAGUGACGACGGUGAAUGGAAUGUUUCGCUCCGCUUCUGCUUUCAACCAAGACAUUUCCUCGUGGACUGGAACAGCAGCGACAACAGCGCAAGGCGUCAUGUUUUCCGGCGCGACUGCGUUUCAAGCGAAAUUUUCGUGCACCGACGCCGACACCGGUCCGGCGAAUUCGUGCGCGUGUACCAAGUGUAUCCCAGACGCGAGUUGGCACGCGUUUGUCUCGGAUUGCUUAGCGGAAGCGCCGGUAACUGGCGAGUGCACUGAGUGGGCGUCUGGAAAACCGUAUGGAACGAUGCCAAAUUGGGAUACGAGUUUAGUGACGGAUAUGAGCGGGUACCCGAACGGCGUUGGUUUUGGAGAAAAAAACAUGUUUAACGGCGAUAUUACGAAUUGGGAUACGGCGCGCGUGACGAACAUGUUUGCAAUGUUCGAUAAAGCUUCCGCGUUUAACCAACCGAUCGGAAACUGGGACGUUUCGCACGUCACGAGCAUGGUGUCUAUGUUCUUAGAUGCUUCCUCGUUUAACCAACCUAUCGGGAGUUGGGACACGUCCAAAGUCACGGACAUGUACGCAAUGUUUGAAUCUGUCGCUUCGUUUAACCAGGACAUUACAAACUGGGACGUCUCUCAAGUGACGAGCAUGGAACGGAUGUUUUACGAGUGUUCUUCAUUCGACCAAGACGUUUCUGCGUGGACCGGUGUCGCGUCCACGACGGCGCAAACCGACAUGUUUUACGCGGCGACUUCGUUUCGAACGAAAUUCGCGUGUGCGAACGCGAACGACGGCCCGGCGAAUACGUGCACGUUGCCGGAACCGAUUCUCGAUGCAAACUGGCACGCGUACGUCGCAGAGUGUUUAGCGAUUGCGCCGGUGGAUGGUUUGUGCACUUCGUGGGACAAAUACGGCGCGCACGGCGCGAUGCCGAAUUGGGACGUGAGUUUGGUGACGGAUAUGAGUGGAUGGACUGGAAGUGCAUUUGAAGGCUUUGGCGGUAAAAGUACAUUCGACGGCGACAUUUCGAAGUGGGACACCGGGCGAGUGACAAAUAUGUAUUCUAUGUUUUAUCAAGCUUCUGCGUUCAACCAAGACAUUGGGGGUUGGAACACAGCGCAAGUAACGACUAUGCAGGGGAUGUUUCAUGUCGCUUCUGUGUUCAACCAAGACAUUGGGAGUUGGAAUACAGAGCAAGUGACGACUAUGAGAGCUAUCUUUCAAUACGCUUCAGCGUUCAACCAAAACAUUGGGGAUUGGAAUACAGCGCAGGUGACUGAUAUGACACAAAUGUUUAACUACGCGACUGCUUUUCAAGCGAAAUUUACGUGCACCAACGCCGUCUCCGGUCCACCGAAUUCGUGCGCGUGUACCAAGUGCAUCCCGGACGCGAGUUGGCACGCGUUUGUCUCGGAUUGCUUAGCGGAAGCGCCGGUAACUGGCGAGUGCACUGAGUGGGCGUCUGGAAAACCGUAUGGAACGAUGCCGAAUUGGGAUGUGAGUUUAGUGACGGAUAUGAGUGGAUGGACUGGAAGUGCAUAUGAAGGCUUUGGUGGUAGAAGUACAUUCAAUGCUGAUAUUUCCAGGUGGGAUACAGGGAAAGUGACUUAUAUGUAUCAUAUGUUUUAUCAAGCUUCUGCGUUCAACCAAGACAUUGGGGAGUGGAAUACAGCAGAAGUGGGUGAUAUGGGAUCUAUGUUUAAUCGAGCUUCUGCGUUCAACGAAGACAUUGGAAGUUGGAACACAGCGCAAGUGACUACUAUGCAAGGUAUGUUUUUUUCCGCUUCUACGUUCAACGGAGACAUUGGGAGUUGGAACACAGAGAAAGUGACUCAUAUGAGAGCUAUGUUUUAUUCCGCUUCAGCGUUCAACCAAGACAUUGGGAAUUGGAACACGGCGCAAGUGACUGAUAUGGGAUAUAUGUUUUAUUACGCUUCUGCGUUCAACCACGACAUUUCCUCGUGGACCGGAUCCGCGGCGACGACGGCGCAAACUUACAUGUUUACUUCCGCGACUGCGUUUCAAGCGAAAUUCGCGUGCACCAACGCCGUCACCGGUCCACCGAAUUCGUGCGUGCUCAAGUAG